UGUUACCAGUACACUGGCGUAAAUGCACACAUAAAAACAGACACACGGUUUUACUUUUGUAUUACAUCAUCCUGCUUCAUGCCACAACUGUAAAGCUCACAGAUUGAUUACUUUAGUUUAUUAGGCAAUUGAAGCUGCCAUUUAAAAGUAGUUCAGUCCUGCAUCUAAUGUGCAGCAUCCAGUUUUACAGGGCAGGGAAAGGGACUUCACUCUGUUAUCUGUAUGGUCACUGUCUUAAUAGCGCCAUUUAAUUUCAGAUGUGUGUGUGUGUGUGUGUGUGUGUGUGUGUGUGUGUGUGUGUGUGUGUGUGUGAAUUUGAGGAAGAAGGCAGGAGGAAGAGAGACCCUGGCAGCCACAGACACUUCCUUGCAACAGUCAGAGCUCAGCCAGCAUUUGCAAAAUACCACCCAUCCAGAUGCUUGGCCCAGAAGCCCAGCUCCUCUGAACAUGAACCACUAUGCCAAUAAGAAGAGUGCAGCUGAGAGUAUGCUGGAUGUGGCCCUGCUGAUGGCCAAUGCCUCCCAGCUAAAAGCUGUCCUGGAGCAGGGGCCAAGCUUCCACUUUUACACCCCCACCAUCACCCUAAUCAGCAUCUCUCUGUGUCUACAGAUCACAGUCGGGGUCCUGCUUAUCUUCAUAGUUCGAUGGAACCUGAAUGAUGAGCAAAAGCACCAGAGGCUGAACUUCAUGGAAAACGUGGCCACAGGUCUGGUGUUCAUCAUCGUGGUGGUCAACGUCUUCAUCACAGCUUUUGGGGUCCAUCGAACUAAUUACAACAACUGACCACGCACACACACACGCGCACACACACAUACAGGCACAUCUAUGUGUGUGUAUGCUUUAUUUUCACAGUCUUUCAUUGCUCCCCUCUCUCUUUUCAAACAGGUAUUUUCUCUCCUGCCUUACUCUGCAGUUUGCUCCUAAAAACUUUCAUGCCGUCAGCAUGUUUUUGGUCCACUCCUCUUCUGACCGGACCUUCACAAUCACCUACGUGACCUACAAACACAGUGACCUCUCCAGGCUCGCAGAGAAAUUUCCACCAGAAAACAACUCAAACAAAAUACACAGCUGUUCAUUUACCAGAAAAUCAUUGUCCCGCAUGGCUGCAGGCACAGAGAGAAAAUAGCGAACAAGAAAGAAACAGCCGUAGCGACAAAGAGGUCUGGUACGUAAACAACACAACAUUUGUUCUGAUUGGACAAACAGGAAAGUGGAGACAGCAGCAGUCAGGAACAUGUGACCUCUGGCUGUCUGUCUCCUAUGCUGUCCGACAGUGACCCAAAGCACUAGCCAGACAUGGAUGCACAGUCUCACACACCCCUCUGAACCUUCUUUAAUUUUUAAUUGCACCAGUGACGUUUCAUCAGGUUUAACGGGUGUGCUGAGCACAUGUAUGCAGCGCAGGGCAGGCCUCAUCCGCCUCAAAACCACUACCCACCUCCACAGCUUAAACUUUACUAUCAACUCUAUCCCACAGGCGUCAUGCCUAACAUUCAGUUAUAACAGUGUUUGGUUGUGCUAUGAAUCCCUCUGUGACGAGCAAAGCCGGACUUUGUUUGUGGUUCUUUGGACCAGAAGUAGCUGAUGAGUCAGAGUCAACAGAGCACAGACCCCGGCAGAACUACUUGUUAAAACGGAAGCCUUAAUUAGGCAGCAAUGCCACUGAAACCCCAAUUAGAGCACAAGCAAAUGCUCAUUUUAUACACUUGAGUGGUUUGACAUAAAUAUCCAGUAAAGGAAGUUUGAGGCUGUUUCACAUAAUUAUCAGCUAAAAACCUUAAUUGUAUUCAUGCAGCUAUCUAUAAUUUCUCCAAGGUGGUUGUGAGGAAGCACCUUUCAGAUGGCAAAACGUCGCAAUCUCAUCCUUUUCCU